AUGGUUUACUGUACGAUGUCAUGGAAGCAAACAUUGUACGUGAUCAUCAUGCACACGCUCAUAGUCUCGUCCAGUGUCGCAGCCCUCUUGUUCAUUAAACACGAGAAGAUCCCCUUGAAUCGAUACAAAAAUCUUCCGGGAUUGCUUUUCUUAUACGUGUACGUAAAUAUUGCAUGUGCUACCCGUGGCAGCCCGGGAGUCAGAUUCGGAUUCAGAUUCCUCGGACCUCCCUGA